AUGGACUCCAUUAGAUCAUUAACAUCUUCUUCUUCUUCUUCCACUUAUUCUGUUGCUGCUGUUGAUACUGAUAUCCCCCCUCUUGAAGAAAAGUAUGAUGUGUUUAUCAGCUUCAGAGGUGAUGAAACACGCGAUUCUUUUACCAGCCAUCUUCACAAGGCUUUACUUCGGAAGAACAUUGAGACCUUCAUGGAUGACAGACUUGAGAAAGGAGACGACAUUGGACCUGCCCUUCUAGAAGCAAUCGGGAGAUCGAAAAUUGCACUAGUCAUUUUCUCAAAAGAGUAUGCUUCUUCCACUUGGUGUUUGAAAGAACUUGUGCAUAUACUUAGAUGCAAGAAAAACCAUGGAAAGAUUGUUAUACCCAUUUUUUAUCGCAUAGAUCCAUCAGAUGUACGAAAACAGCAGGGAACUUAUGCACUUGAAGAUCGUCCACUUAAGCGCAGUAGGGAUGAGGUGGCCAACUGGAGGGCUGCUUUGGAGGAAGCAGCCAAUAUUUCUGGGUUUCAUGAUUCAAGAAAAACAGGGAGGACAGAGGCCGAUUUUGUUGAGGAAGUUGUUCAAGAUGUUUUGACAAAAGUGAACAUGUCUAGGGGAAAAGGGUUUAGUCAGGAUCAACCUCCAGCUCGAACAGUAACACUGAUGUUGCGCCCAAAAGAAAAUGAUAUUCCAAAGCUCCAGCGAAAGAUAACUGAGGAAGAAGAGAUGAAAAGGAAUGAAGAAAGAGAUAGCGACGGCGGCAGCAGCAGUAAGAACAAUAUUUGUCAGAAUGAAAUUACCGCAACCAAUGGCGCCACAGAUGUUGGGGUCUCCAACUUUGACAACUACGCCGUCCAAGGUAAAGUGGGCAGCGAAGGAACGAAGGGCUUCCCUGGACGUAGCGGUGGUUACAACAUUUCUGGAAAUAAAAUUAAGGCAAACAAAGCCAGGAAUGUUGGGGUUCACAACAUCGGCAACACCACAUACAGCGUGCCUUUUACCACUGAGGAGGAUCAUGAUAUUCCAAAGCCCCAGCGAAAGAUAACUGAGGAAGAAGAGAUGAAAAGGAAUAAAGAAAGACAAAGCGACGGCAGCAGCAGUAGGAACAAUAUUUGUCAGAAUGAAAUUACCGCAACCAAUGUCGCCACGGAUGUUGGGGUCUCCAACAUUGACAACUACGCCGUCCAAGGUAAAGUGGGCAGCGAAGGAACGAAGGGCUUCCCUGGACGUAGGUGGUUACAACAUUUCUGGAAAUAA